AUGUACAAUCCUGCUUUUUACGGCUCUAAGAACAAAUAUCUAACUCUACAAGAAGAAGCUAAUCUACUGUUUUGCGGACUAUAUGACCCAAUGCUGACGAACAACUUGGAUGGAACGCCUGGUAUCGCCAAAGCUGGGAAGCGACUCGUUUUUGAUAGCAGUAUCAACAUUACUGGUAUCAAUGCCAUUACGGUUACAGGUUUCAUUUCAUAUGGCUCUAACAUUACAGCAAGCGGGACUAUCUCAGUCUACACCAACUUGACAUCUCCAGCAGCUUCGAUCGGAUCUCUAGACGUUUCAUCGUUGUCCCUAAGCGGAACAGCUUUGAAUCUAUCAAUUAUUUCUGGAAUCACACCAGGGGCAGCGUCACCAAGCAAAACAGUUAUUCUUGACUCUGCGACGAACAUCACGGGUAUCAAUCAAAUUGGAACAUCACAACUAAAGCUAGGUUCGAAUUGUUUACUUAAAUAA